AGAGAUGGUGAGGUUGCACAUCCAUCAGACGCAAGAGCGUGGAAACAUUUCAACAAGGUACACGGAGAUUUUGCUACAAAUAUUCGGAAUGUCUAUCUUGGGUUAUGCACCGAUGGAUUUAGUCCAUUUGGAAUGUCUGGUAGACAAUAUUCUUUGUGGCCAGUCAUUCUUACGCCGUAUAAUUUACCGCCGGAUAUGUGCAUGGAACAAGAAUUUCUAUUUUUGACCAUAUUAAUCCCAGGGCCGAAGCAUCCAAAACGGUCUCUUGAUAUUUUUCUUCAACCGUUGAUAGAAGAGCUAAAGCAAUUGUGGUCAGAAGGGGUGAGGACGUACGAUUGUUCUUUGAAAAACAAUUUUACGAUGCGAGCAGUUCUGAUGUGGACGAUAAGUGAUUUCCCUGCUUAUGGGAUGUUGUCUGGCUGGACAACACAUGGAAGAUUAUCUUGUCCGUAUUGUCUUGGAUCCACAGAUGCUUUCCAACUGAAGAAUGGUAGGAAGAGUUGUUGGUUUGAUUGUCAUCGUCGGUUUCUUCCACUUGCCCAUCCGUACAGAAGAAAUAAGACAUUGUUUCGACACAAAAAAAAUUGUCAGAGACAGUCCUCCUCCAUAUCUCACCGGCCAGCAGAUCGAAGCGGACAUUGAUUAUUACGGAGCUCAGGAAACAGUUAAGGUUGGAGGAAAUUGGCAUGUUCCUGGAAAUAUGCCUGAUGGGUAUGGUGUAUCUCACAAUUGGCAUAAGAAGAGUAUAUUUUGGGAGCUACCCUAUUGGAAGGAUCUUCUCUUACGCCACAAUCUGGAUGUCAUGCAUAUCGAGAAGAACUUUUUUGAGAACAUCAUGAAUACAUUACUUAACGUCCCUGGGAAGACAAAAGAUAACAAAAAGUCAAGGAUGGACUUACCUGAUAUUUGCUCAAGAAGUGAGUUACAUAUCAAGAGCAAUGGAAACGUUCCUGUUCCCAUCUUCCGGUUGUCAUCAGCAGCCAAAACAACCUUGUUUGACUGGGUUGCAUCGGAAGUUAAGUUUCCUGAUGGUUAUGUUUCAAAUAUGUCAAGAUGUAUUGAACGAGGUCAAAAGUUCUCCGGAAUGAAAAGUCAUGAUUGUCAUGUGUUUAUGCAACGACUGCUUCCAUUUGCUUUUGCCGAGCUCCUUCCAGCAAAUGUCCACGAAGCACUUGCAGCCAUCGGAGCAUUUUUCAGAGAUCUUAGCACACGUACGUUCAAAGAAGAAGUCAUCGAACAACUUCAUCAGAACAUUCCGAUCAUAUUGUGCAACCUGGAGAAGAUAUUUCCUCCUUCAUUUUUUGACGUCAUGGAGCAUCUAGUUGUCCACCUACCGUAUGAAGCAUUGCUUCGUGGACCUGUUCACAACGGAUGGAUGUAUCCGUAUGAGCGACAGAUGAAACAUUUGAAGGGGAAAGCAAGAAAUCUUGAAAAGGUAGAAGGUUCAAUAGUUGCAGGGAGUUUGACAGCCGAAACAUCUAACUUCACAUCAUACUACUUUGCUCCAACUGUUCGUACGAGAAAAAAAGUUCUAGGAGAUAUGAUGAUGGUGGAGUACCGACAUCAUAUCCAAUUGAUGGUGUUCCUGACAUUUUCUGCGAAAUUGGACGGUUUGGUGGUAAAACGAAAGAAGUAUGGUGGUCAUGUGAAGAAGAAAAACAUAGUGCCCACACUUAUAUUCUGCUCAACUGCGAGGAUGCAAUGACCCGUUACUUUGAAAAGUAAAUAUUUUUGUGAAUGUUAAUUAUAUGAAUUAAAGUUAAUUAUGUAUGAUUUGAUUAUUUGUUCAAUUUGCAGGAUGUUUGUAUCUCAAGUUGAAGAAGCAAUACCAGGAAUAUCUGCAACUGAUGUGGAUACACGUAAAGAUAAGCACUUUGUCAAGUGGUUAAAAUCGCAGGUAAUAUAUCUCAUACUAUUAUAUUAAUUAAGUAAGUGUUUAAGAAUAUAUAUAUGUUUUUUGCAGGUUGAUUAUAACGAUCCUUAUUAUCCCGUAUGGUUUCACGAAUUGGUUCAAGGUCCAGUUGCAAAGGUCACCACAUCACCUAUAUAUUUCACACGAGGAUUUACCUUUCACACAUACGAGUAUGGGAGACAUCGGGCAACGAGUAACUACGGAAUAUGUGUGAAAGGUGAAACAGACUUUUACGGGAUAUUGCAGGAGAUUAUUGAAGUGGAAUUUCCGGGGUUAUUGAAGCUAAAAUGCGUCCUUUUCAAAUGUGAAUGGUUCGAUCCUGUUGUGAACCGAGGGAUUCGGUAUAACAAAUUUGGUGUUGUGGAUGUCAAUUUUGGGAGAAGAUACAACAAAUUUGAGCCUUUCAUUUUAGCUUCACAAGCCGAGCAAGUUAGCUUCCUUCCUUAUCCUCGGCUUCG